UAAUUUUUCGAAUGGGAAAAGUAAUGACUUUACCUUGAGGUUACUCAAAUUAAAACACCUUUAUACAGAAGGAUCAAUGAAUGAAAGUCUUAGGCAUAUUGGAGAAUUCAGAACAAAGUCUGUAUUUUAAAAAAAAAUCAAUGGCUUCUGAUGUUUAUUUUUUCUAUUUAAUAUAUUUUUUUUUGGUUUCGUUAAUUCUCUCAUUUUCUGCAACCUUAAUAUUUAUCUAUUAAAACUGCUAUGAAUUAAUAAACUUUUAGUUUAUAUUGAAGGUGCAAACAUUAUUUUGAUUUAUGUUUUAUUCUGAGUGUGAGUGACAUGGUUUGUUUGUUUACAUUUUGCACCAGGGUAUUUCUCUAAAAGGUAAUCGAACUAAUCGCUACCAAAGCAAAGAUGUUCGGCUGGGAUAGAAAUCUGUACUCUUCGAGGAGUUUUCAAAAGCCAAGGUUCCUUUUCCGUCGAAGGUUAGGAAGCAGAACAUUUGUUAUCCCAGCAGUCAUUGUGAUGGUCCCUAUCCUGUGUCUAACACUUUUGACAUUGUGGAUGGGUUUUCGACAUGUUACGUAUACGAUUUCACAUCCACCAUUGGAGAGAAUUGAUGAUAAACUUGAUCCUAUGUUUUCUAAAGGAUGUAAGAAUGUUGCAUUAGAGGCUCAAAUGCACCCUAGGAUGAAUGCAACUUUUGUAAUUUUGACUAGAAAUUCCGACCUUGACGGUGUCGUUUCUUCUAUGAAAUCUUUGGAAAAGCAUUUUAAUCGCCAUUUCAAUUAUCCCUACACCUUCUUGAACAAUGACCCGUUUGAUCAAACAUUUAUGGACACAGUUCGCAAACACACUGCGGCAGAUAUUGAGUUUGGCGAAAUUGACAGCGAAAUGUUUGGUUUUCCUAGCAAUAUUGAUGCCUCAGUGUAUCAAGAGGCUAUAGCAGACCAAGGUGACAGGGGUAUUAUGUAUGGAGAUGCAGAAAGCUAUCAUCACAUGUGUCGAUUUUUCUCAGGCUUUUUUUACAAGCAUCCUCUUUUACUGAAGUACCAAUGGUAUUGGCGUGUAGAACCGGAUGUGACUUUUACUUGUGAUAUACCGUAUGACCCAUUCUAUUAUAUGAAGAACAAUGGAAAAGUAUAUGGUUUUGUUAUUGCAAUCAAAGAAUUAGAAGACACUGUCCCCAGCUUAUUUAGAUACUCAUCUGCCUAUCGUCGAUCAAAGCAACUAAACUCGGGAUUGUGGAACUUUUUCUUGGAAUCAUCAGAAUCUGAAAAAAUUUCAGACAAUGAAUUAGUAGACGUGGACAGUGGGGAUUCUCAAACACCAUUGACGUCUCAAUUGGAUGCAAAAAUGAAGACUUUAUACUCUGAAGAAAAUUCCAACAUGGACGGAGAAUCAUACAACAUGUGUCAUUUUUGGAGCAAUUUCGAAAUUGCUAACUUUGAUUUCUUCCGCAAUGAUUUAUAUGAAGACUUUUUUCAAAAGAUGGAUAGAACUGGGGGUUUUUGGACUGAAAGAUGGGGAGAUGCGCCAUUUCAUUCUUUAGCAGCAGGCCUUUUCUUAAAAGAAACCGAGGUACAUUAUUUUCGGGAUUUUGGAUACCGGCAUUCGGAUAUCUAUCACUGUGGCCAGGAUCUUGGCUGUAAUUGUGAAUGUCUAUCAGAAUUCCCAGAAGUCGAAUUUGCUGAAGGUGGUUGUUUCCGUCAGUGGGCAAAGCUUGUCGGUGAUGGACCCUUAUAAUCAUCACUAUGAGAAGCAGGUUGAAGUAUUGCCUCUAUGGUUUGUGACUUUGCUUCGCUCGAUAUUUUGUAAGGUGAAAGUUCUUAAGUACUCCUUGGUUUGGUUGUAACAUCUAUGCCCAGUUGAAGAUUCAAAACUAUCUAUAUGCCAAGCGUAUAAAUGACAGGCAAUUGAGUCCUAGACGCUUAGUUGAUUUAGUAUCUAUGAUUAUCUUUACGUCUAGUGUUC